GCUGAUAUAAUAAAGCAAGCGGCAGAUUGCAAAUUGCGAACAAUGGAUUCUUCUUGCCUACCUAUAGGCAUUCGUUGCGAAAAAUAAUAAAAUUGCGAUUUCAAUUAUUGCAAAUAUUUUAUUGGGAUUUUGAACGGCCGACGCGACGGUUGUAAAAUUCGUUCGUUUACUUUUUUAGAUAAAAUGUGGGAGCAUGCCUCAUUUUUCCUUUGAAAUUCGUUAUACAAACAGGAAAAAUAAAUUCGAAACUCUGAUAAAUAUUAGGAAAUUUUGUCUCACAACUCACUACUACGCAGUUGGCACACUCUCAGCAGCUGUCUUGAAAGCAUUGUCCUUCGAACUAAUUUAAAAGAAAAACUUUUGUUUUAGGUUGACCGAUUGUGAACCAUAUUCUCCAAUUAUCGAGGCCGUUGUUGCCAGUAAAAUAACUUAAUUCACGACCCUUGACUUUUAUUGAGGAGUUUUCGUGACUUUACUUUCAUUUCAGAACAAAAUAGGUACCUAUUGACGCUGGCUAGUUUUCCAUGUUUUCUGACGAAAUCUAUGUAACGUCCAUCUUUUUGGCUACUUGGUGGGUUACAAGCACAACUGGCUGCUUGGGCAGUAACGAUCCUAAUAGGACGAAUAGUAAUAUACUUCAAUAUUUCCCUUGCCAGUGGACGGACGGGAUAAUACCCUUCGUUUAUGAUUUUUACGCCAUCAACUCCAAUCGUCUUCUAAAAACUAUCCGUCAAGGACACGAGCUCAUCCAAAACCAAUCUUGCUUGAUCUUUAACCAGCGCAGCCCCAUCGCGAUGGCGGACAGCCGGAACACCUAUUAUUACCUCUACUACACCUACUCAAACGCCCUGGAAGACUGCUGUUACGCAUCAAUUGAUGUUAAGGUUGGCCGACGGGUGGUGCUGAUAUCGCCCGGGUGUAAGGAGCCGCACGAGAUAGCUCACGUCACGCUCCACAUGCUCGGACUGAGGCACGGAGACAGCAGCCCGUUCCCGGCGUCUUCAGUUAACGCCGUCCUCUUCCCGGAAAACUGUCAUAACCAAUCAGGUCUACGGUUGGAUUCUCCAGAGUAUUCAGAUGAAGAAUAAAAUAAGUUUUUGUCAAAAAAUCGUCGCGCUUAUGUCGCCUGUCAUCGUGACCGCCACUUUCUAACAAGUACGUUUAAUAGCGAGGCAAGGCACAACAGACGACAAAAGCCAUCACAACCGUACUAAUGAGUAAUGACACGAGCUCCAAUUGCAAAGGACUAAUUUCUUAUUAGGUAUCGGAUCUUAUUUCUUUUAACACGGUUACAACAGUAACCUGUUUGUUGUCGACUUUAGUACUUAAAGGUUUUUUGAGGCUUAGUAAUUGCGUACCACACAGCAACAUAUACUUAGUAUCUAUUGCUAGUGGCACUACUGCGCUAAAUUCCCUUUCGGUACUAACCUUUUUACACGACUGCCCAAAAAAGGAGUGUGUCUGUAUUGUUCGUAUUAACUAUCUGGCCACCGAGACAAGGCGCUGACAUACACUGACAUACCUGACGACUGACAUAAUAAGUAAUGCAAAAGGGAACGCUAUUCAUUGAAAUUGUUAUUAUUUAAUAUCCAAUCAUAAAGUAUAAUACCUACCGCUCAAGCAUCGCCGCAUAUCGCUGAAGAAAAAUUGCAUUGAAAUUUGAAAAUCAUUGCGACGGGGACAAAUCGUAAGUUAUCUUCGAGUGUACCUACUUAAAUUGCUUAUCGAUUUCAUUAAAUAUCCAGUAUCGCCAUCUACUACCCGGUAUCGGCCCCGAACCUCGUUCCUCAAAAUUCAAACCGCCAGUACAACAAAGUUGAUCAUCGACGCUUUGGUAUUGAAAUCAAAUUUAUAUCGUAAUUUACGUGUCUGAAUACACCCCUUGGCGACAUUUCGAAUAGUCGUCAUGAUAAGACAAAUAGCGAAAUAUGCUUUUAAAAAUGUAGGUAACAGGUAUGGCACAUGACGUUUAUUUCUUCCGAGCAUGCAAUACUGCGAAUCAUCCAAAUAAGCGAGAUCUGCCGCGUCCCUACACACAAUAGAGUUAUAAGGAGUUAUAGAAGAAGAAAGGGGAUCAACGGAGAUCCAGUAACAAUGGUUGGAUUCACAUUGCGUCUGUUGAUAAGAUCGUUUUGUACUAUCACAGGCUUUGCGGGUGCUGUCUCGGCUUUCAACUGGCUUCCUUUUAUGAAAGGCACGUUAACAAUUCAGGAUGUGACGUGUUUAAAAGCUAUAUAAAUUGGAAAUGAAUUUAUUUGUGCUAUCAAUUGUUUGGCACGUCUUACUUGUAGGCGACAGUUUUAAUUUAUGACCCAUUUUGUACCCUGUCACAGUGACACUAGUAUGAGGUCUCUAGCGACUUUCAUAUUGAUUGUCACUGUGACAAGGUACCAAAUGUGUCAUAAAUUAAUAUUUUUGACCAUGGACCUAGAAUACUACGGACGUAGUUUUGCUAAGACAAAAACUGUGAUUCCAUCAUCCACCAAUUUCCUAGUAUUUACGCGUAACACACACACAUUGACAGUUAUCUCAAUGCCCUCAUCCACCAAUUUGCCGUCAGACGGAUCGAAACGUCAGUGAAGUAAAUAUGUCCAAGAAAAAUGUAAAAUAUGCCGGCAUGCGUAGUUAAAUCCUGCAAGAAUUGUACCGAUCGAAAGAAAAAAAGUGACGGAAUAACUUUUCAUAGCUAAUUUUAUCAAUUAUCACGGUAUAGUACAUAAAAUCUCUAUAUUUCAUUGUUUAUAAAUGCGAAACAGGAGUGUGACCAGUAAGUUGAAUAGGGUAAUUUCCCGAAAGUAGGGUAAUUAAUGCCCUUCUUAUUAAAUCAUAAUGUAUAUAAAAGAGAUAAUUUAGGAUAUUUAGGUAAAUAGCUAAAUUAAUGAUUUUGCAUUUCAAACUAGGUCGGUAUGGUAAUUUCCCGAUAAUAAGGAGAUUAAAGACGUUUACAUGAAUAAUGUUUGAUAGUUAACGUUUAUUUGUUAUGUAAGGUAAACAUACUCAUGGUGCUCGACGCGGUCCCAGUCCAGUACAUGUCAUCUUGAAACUUAAACCAUUGUCAAUAUAGGUGACAGCAAGGUGUCAUCUAUUGGGCAUUAACAUGUCGAGCACUAGUACAUUUACCUUAUAUUUAUUUUUUGUUUAAAACCAGAUGUGUUACAAGUUAAAUAUCAUUAGGUAUUGAAAAUAAUAUUUGCACAAAGUAAUUUGCAGGUAAUGCGCAUUUUCAAGGCCUAUAAAAUCAGUUAGGUACACACAAUUUAUUGUCUAACGUAAAACUGUCCUACUUUAAACAAUAUUUGAAAACAAGGACGAUAUUGAAAAUAAUUGUUUCACCAUUAGGGGCGAAUUUGUGUUACAUGGUAUCACUCGUCUACACGCACACUUUCAAACCGUCCGCCAUUGCAGUGUCACAGUUUGUCUUAAGUGACAUUCCCUCUGUCAAAUAUAUAACUCUAUGUUUUUGACCGUACCGUUCAAUGGCGGCACUCUUCUUCAAAUACGAAAUCGAUUUCAAGAUUCCACGGUUGCUUAAAACCGUUAAUGGAAAAUAAGUAUCAACUGUUACAAUCUGACUAAAUUGGCAAUAACUUAUAAGAAGGAAGUGGUCUCUUUUUGCGAAUCGCAAGCCACUAUUGUAAUAGGUAACUACUAUCUCUCUCUAUUCGUGUUUGUCUGUAAGUAAUAUUUGCUCGUAUAACGAUACCAAAGACAUAUGUAACUUCGUAUAAGACGAAUAAAGUCUAAGGAAAAAACGUGCCUCGGAAUUGAAGCAAAAGUCAUUCUCGAAUAGAUGGCGCACACACCUUUAGCCUAUCCUCGGCUAGAUGGCGUGACGACACCGUUUCAUAUUUAACAAUUUUAACACAUAGAUAUCAGUGAAUGAACAUGGAUCAAAAUGAUAUAAAAAUAAUAAAAUCAUUUAUCCAUAUAUAUACAUGUUUUGAUAACUUUAUACGUUUUCAUUUUGAGUUUUAGUCGUGUGUCGAUAGAUGGCAGUAAAUUUACAGUGACUACAAAAUUUACAAUGACAGGACCCCUCUAUACUAUCUAUUCUUUUUGACGAUACUAACCAGGUAAGUUCUAUGUAAAGUUAUCAAUAAACCAAACAAGUAUUAUUUGUUCAGACAAAAAUAUAUAUUUACCUACACCCACCUAGGUUUACAAUAAAUACCUAACAUAGUUGUUCGUAAAUUCUUGAUCUAACAUUUUUUGUUCCAUUUGAUAGAAACUAUUAGUCACAUCAUUACGAUACACGUGCGAAAAGUAGGUGAAACUAGUGGCGAUUUAAAACACUCCCUUCGGUCGUGUUUCAAUUUAUUGCCACUAGUUGCGAAUUACCUUUUCGCACGUAUGUUGUACAACGUUUUAGGUACAGGCUCAUUAAAUAUUCGACUUACGCACGUAUAGUGCCAGUUACCGCACUAGGGCGGUAAAAUAGCACCAUAUGUACUGUAAAAUAAUAUGCAAUGACAGAGCCUUCUUGCACCAUAUGAGAUGUAUAAUGUGACCUGCGGGUGAGAUCGCAAAGGUACGAUUUCACCCUAGCGCCUACGGUACCGUUUAUCACUAGCGUGUGGCAUUCACCCCUCUCCAACACUACACACUACACUUUUGCAUCUUACUCCUUUGUGAUAAGGCGAAAAAUGUAAACAUAUAAACGUACCUACAUGCUUGCUAGAAACAGGUGGAUGAUAUACAUACGACAGCGAUUUGUAUGCGGUACGUAUAGUCAAGUGUAAAAAUAUGGGUGCACACACCAUACUCAAAAAUAUGUCACAUAGCUCUUAUGUCAGCGAAUUAAGAACUAUGGGACAUAUUUUUGAGUAGUUAUAUGCACCUAAUUUCACUUGACUGUACCUACCAGAGUUUCAAUGUCUUCUUUAUAAUACGGAUUUUUGAACAUUCAUUGGCUUAAUUUCAUAUUGUCCUUAUUUAACGGUCUCUCAGUGACGUAUUUUUUAUGGCUCAUUAAUCAAAUUCGUCAAACAGUUUUUAGCGUGCAAAAAAUUCGGAAGUUUGUAAAAUAUUUUACGUAGGUAGAUACUUUCUCUUUAAAACUGUUUAACGGCUCGAUUCGGGAAAUGAAUUAGAGACUCACUAGAUAUGAAAUAGUAAAGAUAUGUGACGUUCCACUGCAAAAGGUACCUUAUGGCGGCUGGCGCCGCGAUUCGGAAAAUGAAUUAGAAAUUCACUAGAUAUGAAAUAGUGAAGAUAUGUGACGUUCCACAGAAAAAGGUACCAUAUGGCGGCUGGCGCUUACGUCGCAUAGCGCCGCAAUAAUAUUGGAGCGGCUUUAAUAAUAGCGUAAGCGCCAACCGCCAUAAGGUACCUUUACUCGUGGGACGUCACAUAUCUUUACUAUAUCGUAUCUAAUCUCUAAUUCAUUUCCCGAAUUGCGCCGUAAGUACCUGUUAGACGUUCUGUAUAAAUUAUUCGAAAGUCAAAUUGGUCUAGAAACUAAUAAGUACCUAUAACAUAAUGCCUAAAAUAAUAGUACAUAUUUGUAAAAAGAUAAGUAAGUUUAUAGGUUGUUAUAGGUUAACCUAAUGUGGUGCGCUGUGAAUUAUUCGCCAUUUUUAAUUUUACAAUUUAAUAUCUGUACCUGUAUGUACUAGUAUUGUAAUGUUUUAUAAUAGGUAAUAAAUAAUUGAAUCUUGCGUUCAAUGUUAAUGUUUAAUCUAGACUGACACAAUUACUGAUUGCGCUAUUUGCGUUAACCAAAUAAAACGAACCUAUUUGCUUUAUUUGUGGGCCAAUUUAAAUAUAAUUAUUGGAACGACGAAGCCGAUAAUUUGGUCGUUAGCUCUGUAUGGUCCUAGGUACCGGCCAUUAUUCACUGGUGGGCUGACUGCGUUGUUGAACAAUGGGAAUGUUUACAUGCUAUGUAUUAAAUACCAUUUCCAUAGUUUAAAGUCGGUUAAUUAAACAUUAAAAAAACCCCUACGCACUAUGCCAAAUAAAUCAAUGAAUUUUGAAAAAGACCUGAUACUCUUUAAACUGCAGCAAUUAUAUCUGAAUAUUAGUAACGAUCUUUCUAUAUUCGCUAUCAUAGUGUUAAUUAAAUAUACAAAUAAGACGUAGUAAUUUGAAAUACAGACAUCAGAAAAUAGAGAGUCGUAAAGGGGUUAUUCCACUUG